UCAAACAAUGGCUUAUCGAUGGCUUGAAGACCUUGCGGAACUCCAGAAGGGGAUCCCUAUGAAAGAUUACCUCAAGGAUUUCCGGAGGAGACAGAAUAACAACCAACGUCACAAGAAAAACUGUACCUGUUCUGGGUGUAUGCAGAUCAGCGGUUCUCUCAGUCAGUCCAGGAAUCAGCAGAUGCCGAGAGCUGAGAAGGAGGCCCUGGCUACCAACUACAGGAGGGGGAUUCCCCUGAACCCUGUUGGAGCUGCUCCAGAGAAGGUGGGCCUGCUUCCCAGAAUAGCCCCCCAGAGCCUACAGCCCCUGAACCUGGUAGGGAUGGACCAUUCUGGCCAUUGGGAGCCUCUCCCGGCCAAGGCAGGAAGUAGUGAGAGUGAACUUCCUGGAUUUCCCCCCGCUCUUUCCAAAGAGAGCAAAAACGAGAAGAGGCGUUUUGACGGUGAUGCUGUUGCCCCGCGUGUGCUGGGGAAGAAGAGGGCCGUACAGACUCACCUGAGGGAGCAGUCCUGGAAGGUGGCUGGUGAUGGGGCUAGUGCGAGCUCAGGCUCGUCCCCGAGGGCAUCGAGCCUCAGUAGUCUGAGCGUUCUGAGCUCUUUGGACAGGGAGACUCCUGCCGAGUUGAGGGCCUACCUGGUGGUGGUGACACCUGUGGAGGAGUAUGUUCCUGUACAGACUCCUCCUACCCCUCCACCUCCUCCUGCUUCUUCUGCCAAGCCUAGGGGGAAAGGGUCUCGGGCCAAGAGGUUCCUGCACCUGCCCAAAGAUGCCCCCAAAUCAGUGAGGCAGACAGCCAGUGAGUCUGUGGUCCAGAGUCAGGUCAGAAUACAGCUGCAGACAAACUCAGAAGAGACAUUGACUCAGGCCUCCAAGAUGCUCAACUCAGAUGACUGGAAGAAGAAGAUUGAGGGUUUGACAUCCCUGCGAGCUGUGAUUCAAAGCCAUGGAGAGACUCUUAAGUCUAAACUCCAUGGUACCUGCCUGACUGUUAUACAAGAGGUGAUUAACCUUCGUUCGGCAGUGUGCAUGGCGGCCAUGGCAACCCUCGGGGACAUGUACGUCCACCUCAAGAGGGCCAUGGACAACGAGCUGGAGGGGACGGCCCGCGUGCUGCUCCUCAAAGCUGGAGAGUGUAACGCCUUCAUCCGCCAGGCAGCCGACCUCGCCCUGGGUCACAUGGUGCACAACUGCUCCCCAGGCCACGUCAUGAACGCACUGCUGCUUGGAGGACUGAGCAACCGUAACGUAGUGGUGAGGACCAGCACUGCUCGGCACCUGGAGGCCCUGGCCGAUGUCCUGGGGCCAUCACGUCUUCUGACGGGGAAGAGGGACCUGACGGGACGCUUCCUGGUGGCUGUCAGUCAACUGGCCCAGGACUCUGGACAGGAAGUCAGGUUCCAUGGACGUAACAUGCUGAAGAAGAUCAUAGUGGACAACAACUUUCAGAAAAUGUGGGAGAAAUGUAUCCCACAGAAAGAGAAAGAGUCCCUUAUGAUGGUCAUCUCCAAUCUCAGAACAAGGGACCUCUUGUAAGGACUGCUGUUUUAUGCUGUUCUAGAACACUCUCUGCAGUUGUAGGACGACAUCUGUCAUUGAACCAUUUGUCAUUCAGUACAUUAUGGACGUCAACUCUUUAAC